CAAGGAUCCAGUCAACAAGUCGAUCACCUGCAAUGAUCUAGUCAACAUGUAGCACACUGAAAAGGAUCUGCUGAUCAAUGGGAUACUGGUUUACGAUGAACAUCACCGAUUUCCUCGCCACUGGAGACGUUGCAGCUGCUCUCGCUGAAUGCAGUGAUCCAGGCUCCUUCCAUCUCAAGAAAUUUUCCAAAACCUCUGGUCUUGCCAAGAAAUCUACCGAAGAGAUCACAAAAAUCUUCGCCAUUCUCGAUGACGACCAAAGUGGCUUCAUAGAGAAGAGCGAGCUCAAGCUGUUCCUUCGGUACUUCUGCCCUCAAGCCCGGGAGCUGAGUGACACUGAGACGGACAGUUUUGUCUCCACUGGAGAUGUGGAUGGUGAUGGCAGGAUUAACUGUGUGGAAUUCCAGAGUCUGAUAACCACAUGA